AUGUUGAAUGAAGAGAGAUCAGUGAAUGAGGUGGAAGAAAUAUCAGAAGCAAGAUUAAAACUCCAAGUUGUUGUUGCCAACUGCUUUUCCAAGUUUCCUGAUCACUAUGUCGACCAUUCUCAUUUAGUUACUAACGAAGUAUCCAUUCAUGAUGAUCAAUUGAAGCCAGGUGGUGAUCAUAAAGAUAUCGAAAGAAAACAAUUACUGGCAUUAACAGCACCGCGCAAAUUGUUUAAUUGGAUUACAGAAACCUGCACUUCACUUCAUAUGAAGAAUGCUUACGGGGUUCAGUUGCUUUGCAUGAAAUAUCGAUUCAUUGUCAAGCAAAUUUAA